AUGGCGUUCGGCGACUUCACAGACCUUUGCCGUACGGCCCCGUUGCCGCUAUGUGCCUCGAUAGGACCCGUCACAGACGUCUCGAGUAAUGUCGGCAUCGAACCGGACUGCUACGCCCGAAAUAUUGAGUUGGCGAACACGAUGAUUUUCGAGGGCGCGGCGAGCGCCAUGCACAUUGUUGCCCUCAUCAUGACUGUGAUCAUGGUGCUUCACGUCAGAGGCAAAUUCACCGCCGUUGGCCGAAAGGAAAUCACGACCUUCUUUUAUCUAUACAUGCUCCUUACCUUUAUCUCUCUCUGCAUCGACGCCGGCGUUGUGCCUCAAGGAUCCGAUCCGUACCCUUAUUUCGUCGCGAUUCAAAACGGACUCUCGUCAGCUCUCGUCACCUGCCUCUUUAUUAACGGGUUUGUCGGCUUCCAGUUGUACGAAGAUGGCACUCCGCUUUCUGUCUGGCUUCUCCGAAUCUGCUCUUUUGUAGGAUUUGUGAUCAGCUUCCUCAUUUCCAUCGCCACUUUCAAGGCGUGGGCUGGUCUGUCGCCGACCAAUACUAUUGGACUUUUCGUCGUCCUGUACCUGCUCAACGCCGUUCAGCUUUUUGUCUACGUCGUGAUGCAAAUCUUCCUCGUACUGAGGACGCUUCAGGACCGCUGGCCCCUCGGCGAUAUCGCCUUUGCCAUCUUCUUCUUCGUGGUCGGACAAGUCCUCAUGUACGCCUUUAGCUCCAAGAUCUGUGUCGCCGUGAGCCACUACGUUGACGGCCUGUUCCUGGCCACCACCUGCAACCUGCUAGCUGUCAUGAUGAUCUACAAGUACUGGGACUCCAUCACCAAGGAGGACCUCGAGUUCUCUGUUGGCACGAGGAUGAACAACUGGGAAGUCAAGGAGCUUCUCCCCGAAGACGAGCGCCGAGCCACGAUAUACGCCGACGAUCCGUAUGGCCAGUCCAGCUCUUACGAUCACCCCUACUCGCCAACCCCACCUGCUCAGCGGUAUUCCAGCAAGUACUAA